UCUCACUUUGAACCGGUGUCAACAAACAACAACAACAAUAUUUUCGCCCCAGCUUCACCGCUUCGGCGUCCCCUAAAGCCUCAACACUGGCGUUUAAAACCAAGAGGAGUGAGAAACUAAGUCGUUUAACUUCCCCAAGUCACAUUUUCUACCUUUUUUGUCGUCCAAUUUGACUCCUCAGAGGGUUGUGGCUGUCCCGGGGCACUGCUGCUCGGCUGUAGCCCGGGCGCGGCUAACCCUAACCGAAGCUAACCGAGGCUAACCCCGCAGGAAGCUUCUCAGUAGCUUCACCAGACGGUUUUUGACGACGUCCUCCUGCUGCACGGUCGGUGUUGGAGGAGCAGCCUCCCCGUUAGGAGGAGGUUUCUGCAGUCACUGGGGUGGUGGAGGUAUGACUGCGUUGGCGGGGUCAAUACCCAGGAUGAUGCGACCCACGCUGGCUCAGAACUACCCCCGCAGUGGCUUCCCGCUGGAAGUGUCUACCCCGCUGGGUCAAGGCCGAGUCAACCAGCUCGGAGGAGUUUUCAUAAAUGGCAGACCUUUGCCCAACCACAUCCGACACAAGAUCGUGGAGAUGGCCCACCACGGCAUCAGGCCGUGUGUCAUCUCCAGACAGCUCCGGGUCUCCCACGGCUGCGUGUCCAAAAUCCUGUGCCGGUACCAGGAGACGGGCUCCAUCAGACCCGGAGCCAUCGGAGGCAGCAAACCCAAGCAGGGAACAACGCCGGACGUAGAGAGGAGAAUAGAAGAAUACAAGCGGGAAAACCCGGGUAUGUUUAGCUGGGAGAUUCGGGAUAAAUUACUGAAGGAUGGGAUAUGUGACCGCAACAACGUUCCUUCAGUGAGCUCCAUCAGUCGCAUUAUGCGGAGUAAGUUCGGAGGAAAAGGCGAUGAAGAGGAGGAUGAGGAUGAAAUCGAGAAGAAAGAGCUGGAGGACAGCGAGCGGAGGGCCAAACACAGCAUCGAGGGCAUCUUAGGAGACAGAUCAAGUCACUCAGAUGAAGGUUCAGAUGUGGAGUCAGAGCCAGAUCUGCCACUGAAGAGGAAACAGCGACGUAGUCGGACCACCUUCACUGCAGAGCAACUGGAAGAGCUGGAGAGGGCCUUUGAGAGAACACACUACCCCGACAUCUACACCAGAGAGGAGCUCGCUCAGAGGGCCAAACUCACUGAGGCCAGGGUGCAGGUAUGGUUCAGCAACAGGCGAGCAAGGUGGAGAAAGCAAGCUGGAGCCAAUCAACUGAUGGCAUUUAAUCAUCUGAUCCCAGGGGGUUUCCCACCCUCAGCCAUGUCCAGCAUCCCACCCUACCAGCUCUCUGACAGCUCCUACCCCCCUUCAUCUAUAGCACAAGUGUCAGAGCCUCCCAGCACGGUGCAUCGUCCCCAGCCUCUGCCUCCCUCCUCAGGCCACCAGGCCUCCGGUGGUGGAGGACAAGGAGAAGGAGGCUCUGCCUACUGCCUCGCCUCCGGACGCCACUCCUUCUCAGGCUACUCAGACAGCUUUGUGAGCCCUGGAGGACCAACCAAUCCCAUGAACCCCGCCAUAGGGAAUGGGCUUUCUCCCCAGGUGAUGGGUCUGCUAAACCCAGGCGGGGUACCACAUCAGCCCCAAAGCGACUACGCCAUCUCCCCUCUGACGGGCGGCCUUGAGCCCCCCGCAGGCAUGGCCGCCAGCUGCAGCCAGCGCAUGGAUCAUAUCAAGGGUCUGGAGGGUCUCACCAGUGUUCCCUCCAUGUCGGCUCUGCCCUCCCUGCCCAGCUCCCAGUCCUACUGUCCCCCAUCGUAUAGCUCACCGGGCUACACCGUGGACCACGUGGCGUCCUACCAGUACGGCCAGUACGGACAAAGUAAGGUGCCCUUCCUUAUCUGAGGCCUGAAAUCACCUGAUCAGCAGCUUCUCAGAGGGACAUUAGUGUGUACAGCGACGGAAAUGUAUUAAAACAUGGACCAAAAUUUCCUACUAUUUACCAGGACAUGUUCUCUGCUUCAGGAUAUUACGUUAUCAUUCAUGGUAGAGAAAUGGAGCAAAAAAUAAAGGGACCACAAGAAGGAAUAUUAAAGCAAGAGCUGUUGAUUGACUGUGGACGUUACUGCGUCAGUAUUGUAAAUGAAUGAUGGAGAUUCCAGCGCUUAUGUGGUUGGUUCAGUGGGUCCAUCUACUGUGCCACGAAGAGGCACUUUCCACAGGCAGUGACCAAUCGCCAUCUUUGCCUGUGGUGUCUAAUACAGCGAACCCAAAUCUAUCAUCGCGUACUACCUUUGAGCCGACGCUCGAAGGAACGUGUUUACAUAUCUUAGCGCUACAUGAGCGUAUAUAAAAUUCCAUGUAUCUCCAAAUCAAUCCCCAAAUUGUAGGGGAAAAGAAAAGGGCUUUGUUGAUUUUAUUGCAUUUAUUUGAGAUCUCUGCAUCCCACACAUGGAGAGAAAUUCCAGAGAGAAGGAAAACAAACGCGAGCUAAGAAUCUGUGGGUUUUUAUUGUAUCUGAAACUCUAAUGUACACCACAGCUGUACUGCAGAGAAAGUUCAUUCAAACAGUCCUCUAACCUCCUCCCCCUCUGUCUCUCCCUGCCUCUCGCUCUUUUUCCCCUCUUGCCUUUCUGUCUUUCUGUCUCACUGAUGUUUCGGACGGUGAGGCAAAGAUCCCGGCCUUUUGUAGUUUUAGAGGGGUACUCGGAGGAGGUCAGGGGGCGACUUUAGGGAAAGUGACAGAUGAGAGAGCAGUAGAGGAGGGCGGCGAAGAAGUGGCUUUAAAGGAGGGUGGAGGGGAGGGACAGGCAAGAUCGAUCACAGGGUUAAAAACCCUUUAAAGAUCCUCUCCCAGCAAGAAAAAGCCACCGGGUCACAAGUCACGACUAAGAGACACUUGAGAAAGCGAGAGAGCUCAGACUAAAGACAGCCAUUCUCCCAGCUGACCAGAAGUGCAAUAUCAUGUAUCUCAGAGUCAACCUCACCAUUAACAAAAUAUAUAUAUUAAAAAAAAAUCAAAUGUGCCUCUUGAAGUCUUACGAAACACUUUGGAUUCAUUCCCUGGAUCUUGUUUGGGACUUUGUAAAGGAACAACACAUGUGCCUUUGAAGGCUUUUAGGUCCAAAACAAAUAGGAAACAUCGUCAAUAUUGCUGUAAGAGGACCACAUUUGUGAGGACUUGAGUUAGCGUAGAGUCACGAGACAACGACUGAAUCCAUAAAAUGCCAGUGUGAAGAGAAAGUUAAGGAAUGACUAAGCCAAAAUUGUAUUUUUUUUAUUAUUUGUGUUGCUUGGGACCUUUUAUUUUAAUUCCAUUUUUUGCAAAAGCAGGAUGAGGUCUCUAAUGCAUUCCAGACAUAUUUAUUGUCACGUGUAUCAACAAAUCGAAAACUUUCCACAUUUUACCAGUGAGUGACAGAAAGUGCUUUUUCCAGCAAAUCGUGAAUAGCCGAGUGCCUCCAGAAGCACUCGUGUUUUGUCCAUCUGUCUAUAUUAGAAUGAACCAGCCCUUUCAUUCCUUUGAUAUAUUUUUUGUAUUAUCUGACAAAGCGAUAUGACAUAAUGUCAUGUGUACAAGCGCAUUAUCACUACUAUUUAUAAUAAAAUGAAACUUCUGAAAAUAA